AUGAUCUGCCGAACUUGCCUCCGUCGCGCAGCGACGACCCUUCCUCUUCGCACUGUCGCUCCGAUCCCCUUUGCCAGACCAUUCUCCAUCUCUGCUUCCACAAGGUCAUCACCAGCAGGCAGCCUGGGCACCUCCGAAGCUUCGCCUGCCUCGUCGACCGCCGAACCCACCGCCACACCCACUCUCUCCACGCCCAUCGACCUCCCUUCCGCUGCCGCCGCGAAGCCGGUCCGCGAACCCUCCUCCUGCCAGGCCGGCACUGUCCUCAAUGGCCUGAACUACUUCAAGGGCAAGACCGACCCUGUCGCCCUCGCCGACGAGGAAUACCCCGACUGGCUCUGGGACUGCCUGGUCUUCAAGGCUAAGGAAGAUGCUGGUGCCGAUGCUGAGGCUGCCGACGAGUUCUCCAAAUCUGCAAAGCUUCGUCGCAAGGCCGCCAAGCGCAAGGCCAAGCUCCUCGCCGAGGGUGGCAUCGAUGCCCUGGCACCCAAGGUGCCUCUGUACCAGCAGUCUAUCAACCUGCCUGGUGAGGAGGGCGGCAGUGUCGAGGACAACCUCAUGGCGGCUGGAAAGCGCGAGGAGCUGAGACAGGCCAUGCGCAGCGAGCGUAAGCGCAAGAUCAAGGAGUCCAACUACCUCAAGUCUAUGUAA